ACAGUGGAAAGAACUGGUAAUGGACAAAUCACAGGUGUACAAGUAUAAAGUCACCUCUGCACGCGCAUGUGGUUUUUGCUGCAUCAAGUUCACCAGAAUCCACUUGAAGGAAAGAAAUGCCUUCAAAGAAAGAAACGCAUUAAAGAAGAUGUAAGACAGGACGACAUAACAUAGAUACAACUGAAAUUAAGGAUAAACUCCGAGAUCGACAAACACCGCGAACAUGAGGCAACUGGCUGCCGAGCUCCGACCCGUGAUCACGGCCGGAUGCGUGCUUGUAUUCCUGCUCCUCGGAGGAAUCCCAUGCACUUCUGGUGCAGGCACAGUACGUUCCCUGCCGCGUGUGUUGAAUGCAAGCCUGAGUGAAAUACGGGACUACUUUUGCGACAGUGAUAUGUGUCGGCCAGGGCCUGCAUGCAAAUUAUGCAGACAAGACCGUGAUCAUGACGCAUAUUGUGAGAAACCACUUGAAGAAACAUCAAAUGGAGAUUGCGACUGGGACCAGGAUCUGUACUGCACCUACAACGAUGCCAGCGUAUGUGUUUAUGAUCAGGACUUCUCAAGCAGCUGCAUGUACUACUACACAAUACUCGGUCCCCUGAUAUAUUGCGUCUGCGAUGGGUCUGAAGUUCCUCGCGGCCUAAGGUGUAGCGACACGACAUCAGCACCAACACAGCAGACACGUAAACCGACAACGUCGAGCCCACCAGAGGCAACACUGCCCUCAUCACAGACCAACGUGGAGGCGAUAAUCAUCGGGUCCGUCCUUUCGGCUGUUCUGCUGUUGGUUCUACUGAUCAUAUUCUGGCUGUGCUGGACAAAGAAACUGACCCUCCUAAGGAGAAGCCAAAAUGCUGCUGGUGACGCACAUGACGGAACGAAUUCAAAAGAUAAAGACCACCCUCUGAAGUUGCAACCACGAGAACUCGGGACAAACGCUGAUCAAAAGCCAGACUCACCAGGCUUAUUGAACCCCACGUACUCCACGUCUUUGGAUUUAAAUCAAGACCAUUACUACUCCAAAAUACGGGACGAAGGUGGCACCCCCGUGGAGGGGCGUAAACGUCAUGCACAGGACGACCAUGUUAGACCUUCAGCUCCGCCCAUUGAUACGGAGGCCCCUGCCGACCAUCAUUAUUUUGUCUUGGAACGGGAUGGUGAACAAGUGGAGACAGACGACCAAGCAGGGUCCCCCGAGGAACCAAACAAUCAUGACUAUUUCGUGUUGGAGAAGGACGACUCCCAACACGGGAAUGAUUAUGGGGAAAACGUGAAUGCGACAGAUGGCGCAACCUCGAGACCAAGGGCCAGUGCAGACGUGUCCUACGAUCACAUCAGGCGAUCAGAACCCGGACAUUCUGAAGACGCCCCUUUGAGCCAGGUCACUGGGUAUGAUCACAUCAAACGGCCUGGUCAGAAUGUAUAGAGGGAGGGCGUUGCAGGCGAUGCGAACGAUUGUUAUGACAAAUCGUAAUCUCUGUAAAAAAAUUGUAAUCUCUACGAAAACUUUACAGUCAUUAAUGUACUCGAGAAACAAAGUCAAUAGCUGAUAGUACAAUCACAACUCAGUGUUAAAUCAUUGUGUUUGGAACGUUUGCAAACAAUUUUGUUUGGGUUUCAUUUAAUAUUUCAUCAAAUACAUAACUGUGUUGAUGCCAUUAUUGUCACUUACACAGAGCCGUUCACCAUAUUGCAUUUAAUUAAAAUUAAUUAAAAUUGAAACCAACACUUCAAUACCAUUAAUCAGUAAGUAAACUGAGGCCAUAUUUUAAGUAUCAUGAAAGGGUACACACUGUUACGAACUACCCUUUGUGUGGAAUGUUGUAUAAAAUAAAGCCGAUGGUUUCAGUCUUUCCGAACUUAUAAUAAACAUGGCUUUCAGUAAUACCAUUAAUGACAUAUUUUGUGUCUGAUUUAAUAGUGCAGUGCUCU